AUGGCUUUGAAACCUGCUACUCAAGAAAUCACCCCUAUCAGCGAGUUGAAACCAAGACACACUAACAAGGUUGUUCAUGUGAAGGUCCUACAUUCCUGGACACAGAACAUUAAUCAAGGUGGGGAAACCAUGGAAUUCGUCUUCUCUGAUGAAAAUGGGGAUAAAAUCCAUGGAAGCUGCAAAAAAACUUACUUUGAGAGUAAAGAAAGGCUUCUUCCUGUUGGAGCAUGGCGCAAUGUCCGAAACUUCCAUGUUAGACCUGCUGGAGGAGCAUUUCGCACUACCAACCAUACCUACAAGAUUGUGUUCAAUCAAGCAACAGCCGUGACUCGGUCCAAUUUCAUCAAUGAUGAGUUGUAUCUUAAUUUGGUUGAUUUCCAGACAGUUUUGACUGGAACACUUGAUGAAAAUCUACUAAUUGAUGUGCUGGGCCAAGUUUUGGAUUGUGGUGAUGUCGAAACAAUUCUUUGUUCUGGGGGGAACCAGCGUAAAAAACUAGAAUUCAUCCUUAGAGACAUGAAUGAUGUGAGGCUACCAUGCUGCAUUUGGGGCAAAUUAACCGACAUUCUCCACUCUGCCCGCAAUGAAGACGAUGGAAUGGUUACUUUGCUUUUGAGGUUUGCUAAAAUUGGGAAGUUUAGAGGAGAACUACAAAUCUCUAACUCCUAUGAUGCUUCUCAAAUGAUCAUCAACCCUACGAUACCAGAUGCAGAAGCAUUUAAAGAUAUGGACACUGGAGAUGAGAAAAGUCUAAUGCUCAUUGAAAGUAAGGAGGAGGGUAGCAACCAAGUUGGUCAUCCAGAUAGGAUUGGACACCGUGAUAAGUGGUUGCAAUACCCCACUAAGAAAAUCCAUGAGUUGCUUGGAUCAACUCAAGUUGGUAGAUGUUUGGUCACUUGCUACGUCUAUGAAAUUGACAUGGACUGGUCCUGGUAUUACUUUGGUUGUGAUGCAUGCCAGAAAAGGGUGAUCAAACCGGAACUAAGAUUAAGAAGGUUCUGGCUUCACUUGAUAGUCAGAGAUGAUACCGGUGUUUCAAAAAUAAUGAUCCUAGACAAGGUUGCUAAUGGGAUCGUUGCUAAGACUCCACUCAAGUUGCUUAAUGGAAGUUGGGAAGAGCUUGAAGACACAAGUUUAAUACCAGAGGCUAUUACUGAUUUGAUUGGAAAAAGUUUCACAUUUGGAGUCUAUGUUGAGAAGGACAAUGUAUCUUAUGGUGCUGAGAUUUUCAAGGUCGGAAAAAUCUACAAAGACAGGCUCGAUUGCUUGACUGGUGCACUCACACCAGGUUCUGUUAACUUAACUGAUAGCCAAGAACUCAAUGACUAUGUGUCCACACCAUCCAGUAAGAGAAAAGAAGAUGAGUCUAUUUCUCACCCUGACAUCAGUUCCACAACAAAGAGACCAUGCUUAAUGAAAGUAAAACAAGAGAAGGCAGAAGAUGCUGCUAAGAAACGUGGCUAA